CUGGGUAAGGAGGAAUAUUACAUUGUGUAAUAUUAAGCUUUCUGCUUUUCUUGCACAUUGCCCAAGGGGUUUUGAAGAGCUGGGUGUUAUCUUAAAUGGUCUUUGGGACACCCAGAAGUAAUGCUGUCACCCGGCUGUUGUUUGUAUUGAGAAGAGGUGAAGGGGCGUUGGUUUACAGGCGCUUUACUGUAACUGAUGAGGAGCUGGAGCCCAAAGCUUUACUGUGCGUGACUCUGUUUCGAUACCUGCACGCUUCGGUGAGGUUGUUGUUGAGUCAGUUUCCGCUGUUCUCUUGAAUGCCAGCACGCUGCUGCUCUAACGUGGAAAGCACCGUGCAAGGCAGUUUGGAUGUGCGCCUUCCUGAUCCCCCUGGAGCAAGCAGGCAUGGCUCAGGGGUCCAGGGAGCAGGCCGGUGUGGGAACAGCUGACCCUGAGGAGGACUCUCCCAACAUGAUCGUCUACAGAAAGAUUGAAGACAUUAUCUGCAGGAUACAAGAUGAGACAGAAGGAGUGCCUAUGCGGACAGUCAAGAGCUUCAUGACCAAGAUUCCCAGUGUGGUGACAGGCACAGACAUCAUUCAGUGGCUGAUGAAGAAUUUAUCCAUUGAUGAUCCAGCUGAAGCCAUUCAUGUUGGGAGCCUCGUUGCUGCCCAGGGUUAUAUCUUCCCCAUCUCUGACCACGUCCUCACACUGAAGGAUGAUGGGACAUUCUACCGCUUCCAGGCUCCGUAUUAUUGGCCUUCCAACUGUUGGGAGCCAGAGAACACAGACUACGCUAUAUACCUGUGCAAGCGUACCAUGCAGAACAAGGCUCGACUGGAGCUCGCUGACUACGAGGCUGAGAAUCUGGCAAGGUUGCAGAGGGCUUUUGCCAGGAAGUGGGAGUUCAUCUUCAUGCAGGCAGAGGCGCAGGCCAGGAUUGAUAGGAAGAAGGACAAAACAGAGCGAAAGAUUCUGGACAGCCAGGAAAGAGCAUUCUGGGAUGUCCACCGGCCCGUGCCCGGCUGUGUGAACACCACAGAGAUGGACAUCCGGAAGUGCCGGCGCAUUCGGAACCCUCACAAAGUGAAGAAGUCCGUGUAUGGGGUGAUUGAGGAAGGUCAAGAAACCAGUCCAGUGCACACAUCAUCACGACCCGGCAGGAAGCACACCAAAGAGGAUGUGCAGAAGGAGAUCUCUUUCCUAAACAACCAGCUGGACAGGCACUGUAUGAAAAUGUCCAAGGUCGCAGAAAGUCUAAUGACCUACACAGAGCAGUUCCUGGACUACGACCCAUUUGUGUGCCCCCCAGAGCCCUCCAACCCCUGGAUCUCUGAGGACUGUUCUCUUUGGGACUUGGAGUCCAGUAACGAGCCCAGCCAGCGGCGCGUGAGAAAGUGGGGGUUCUCUCUGGACGAGGCCCUCCGCGACCCCGUGGGGAGAGACCAGUUCCUCAAGUUCCUGGAGUCCGAGUUCAGCUCAGAGAAUCUGCGGUUCUGGCUGGCAGUGCAGGACCUGAAACAGCGCCCUUUGCAGGACGUGUCGAGUCGCGCUCAUGAGAUCUGGCAGGAGUUCCUUGCUGACGGUGCCCCCAGUUCCAUCAACCUGGACUCCCAGAGCUAUGAGCGCACCAGCCAGAACCUCUCAGACCCCGGGCGCUACAGCUUUGAGGACGCCCAGGACCACAUCUACAUGUUGAUGAAAAGUGACAGCUACGCACGCUUCCUCCGAUCAAACGCUUACCAGGAUCUGCUGCUCUCCAGAAAGAAGACUGACAGUGAUCAGGGGCGACGGACUUCCCUGGAGAAAUUCACACGCAGUGUGGGAAAGUCCUUGACGGGCAAGCGGCUGACAGGCCUCAUGCAGUCUUGACAGGCCUGGGGCUAGAGUACAAGAAGAUACCCCAGGGAAAGGCAUCUGGUGUGGGGUACAGAGGGCCAUAGGUGGAGCCCUGUGGAAAAAUGGCUUGGGGCCCCCACACCUAUACCUCUACAUGCAAUACACCACUAAUACAGCACUACAAACCAGACAUAGCUGUCUUCAUACAUCUAUCAGUUAGAAUUUUCCUUGGAGUUUAAUCUACUGUAUAUCUACAUGUAAAAGGAAUAUGUCCUUUCUCUCGGAUCCUUUUAUAGAGCACACUAGGGCAGUAAUAGUUAUCAGUUCUGUAGAUGAAACAAUUAACUCUUUAACUGGUACACCAAGAAAAACCUUUUAAAAAGCGUUCUUCUUGGUGUACCAGGAAAAUGAUAUUACUCGGAUGAGAGGACCAUUAAUAGAUUAAUGCUUUAAUUGGUGAAUUUUUUAAAGAAUCAUAUUUCUUAAGCACCUUUUGUUUGUUUGUUUCUUAUAGAAAAGUUAAGGAACCUUUAAUGUCUUGUGAGACAUACAUAUAUCAGUCUUAAUAACCAAAGUUUCUAUUAAAAUGUUUUUGUUUUGGUGGCCAGGGGGUUGGCAUUAAACUCGCUCAAAAAAAAAAGGUUUUUAAUUUCAAAUUAUGUGGGGCAUUUGAAAAUGUAAUAUAAUCAUGUAAUUUUUUGUUUCAUUCCAUAUAAAUGUAACUGUAAACCUCAUGGGUAAGGCCCAUAACCAUUAUACAGCACGGAUUUAUUACAUCAAGUAUUCAGCACAGUACUGUUUGGUUACAUUACACCUUGGAAUUAUAUUUACUUAUUAACUGAUGGCAAGAGAUGUAUCAUGACCUAUAUGGACUGACAGCAGUGGGUUAUAGUUUUUAUCGGCUCAUCAUGUGUUUGCGAGCAGAGUGUGAUUUUAAAUGUGACGCCCACCCACGUUUGACAUUGCUAAUUUGCUUCAAGGCCGAUCCUGUCCACUGCAGGUUACAAGUAUCUUCAAGCUAAUGUGAGAGUGAUGAUGAUGAUGAUGAUGAUGAUGAUGAUAAAAAUGUCAAUGAUGACAUGAUAAUGACCAUUAUGAUGACGUUCUGUGAUACUUGGGUAAGUGUGCUGAGAAUCAUCUCUGGAGACAUCUCUCUUCUCUAGGCAGUCCAACCUUGUUCUGUGGGUUGUAUUGGAAAUGGUGGGUACUUGCUACUCUUACAAACUAAAAUCAGGUAGUUUUGAGUUGACAUGUGAUACCUGGUCGGUCUUGUGUUUUUUUCACGCUGGUUAAAGGACACUCAACGACUAACAUGGACUUUUAGCCAUGGCUUGAGACACCAUGAGGAUCUCACUGGAUCAUAAAAAUUUCAUUUCCAAAGAUGGCCUGGUUGUGACCAACCACAAGAGUAACUGGUGUUCUUCAACAAGCCCUGACUACACACCUGCUCUUACCUGCCUCACCCCUCUGGAGAACUUAAGCACCGCCUCAGGGGUUGCCCUCUGGUGGAGAACAUUGGAAGAAUGUACGUCAGAUUCAUGUUCAUAACGGAUUACCACUGCCAGAGACGCUGAGGGCAUAUUGUAUUGACACAGAUAGAAGACUUCCUUAAGGAUAUGACAUCAUUUGAGCAUUUUUUUAUUAUAAUUUUUAUUUUAAUAUGCUGUACAUAUGUGUUUCAUGAUCACCAGCCUCAUAGACCUGGCUAGAACAUAUAGAGAUGCUGUGUUUAUUCGAUUCCUCUGCACUGCAUAAAGACAGAGCGCUGUGUAUAUACACUUGCUAAUAGGUAAUUACUUAAUGCACCUCUGCACCUGGGGCACACAACUAUGCAUGUAGUAUAACUAAGAUAAUUCCUGCUUUUAGUUUUACACUCAGAGAACGGACCUAUGAAUAUAAUAACCUGUAGCUGCUAAAUAAAUGUCUGGACGUCA